AUGGCUGCGAUUGAUAAAGUGAAAGUGCUAGUUGUUGGAGAUUCAGGUGUUGGUAAAACAUCGUUAGUACAUUUAGUUUGUCACAGUGAACCAUGUCCAGUACCAGGAGCUACUAUUGGAUGUUCUGUAGAGGUCAAGUUACAUGAAUAUAAAGCUGGAUUACCUGGUGAAAAGGAAUAUUUUGUGGAAUUAUGGGAUAUUGGUGGUUCAUCUAGUCAUAAAAAUAGUCGUUCUAUAUUCUACAAUAUGGUUAAUGGAAUAAUUUUAGUUCAUGAUUUAACAAACAGAAAAUCUCAUCAGAAUUUAUUAAAAUGGUUAGGAGAAGUAUUAGAUAAAGGUGUAGAAAAACCUACUAAUGGUUAUGACUAUGAUCCUGAACAAUUUGCUGGUAGUCAAAUACCAAUGCUAGUUAUUGGUACUAAAGCUGAUCAAGCACAAAGUUUAAAUGAGAAUGUUUUAUGUAAAAGAUCAUCAGUAGCUGAAGAAUGUGGUGCUGAUGAAUUUAAUAUUGAUAGUACUCAGGUAAAAUAUAUUGCUCCAGGAUCUACAAAUGCUGUAAAAUUAGCUCGCUUCUUUGAUAAGGUAAUAGAAAGAAGAUAUUCGGGAAGUCAGAUUUCAAAGAGUAAAGGCUACUUUCAAUCAAGAAUUUAAAAAAAAAAAACAUAAAUUAAGAAAAUCAUUUCUUUUAUGACUAUUAACAGAUAGUAGUAAGAGGUGCUAUUCUAUUUAUAAGUUUCCAGAAUAUUUUGUGUCCUAGUAAAUGGUGAAACUGCGUAGAUACAAGUAUAAGUUAUUAGCAAUAUAUACAAUUAAUAUUAAGAAUAGGUACACCAAGCAUACAUAGUAUCCAAUAGUACACAUAUAAUACAAGACAAAUCACAAAUUAACAAUAUUAUCAUUUGAAAAAAAAAUCAAUAUUUUAGGACACUGAAUGCCAAGGAAAUGAUAACUUUGUGCCAACUUUUGUUAUUUUUGUAGCUUAUAAUCAAAUUCUAGCUAUCCACAAAGUGUUUACAUUUUACAAGCUAAUAAAACUUCUCAUUUUCAGACUGCUAAAAAAAAUCAAUUAAAUUGAUCAGAUUGUCCUUGUUUUUCUUUUAAAAUACAUUAUAAACAUUAACAUGUUAUCACAAACAAUAAAUCACAUAACAUUAGAGAUUUAGCAACUAUAUUUUAAACCCCAUAAAAUCACACAAAAAAGCUAACAAUAUUUCUAAACCUUUCAAAUAAUAACACCUGUAAUUUGACUUAUAAAUACAAAAUGGUAUGUCUAAUAUGGUCUCUUAUUCAACAGUUUCUGUAUAAUAUCCGCAUUCUCUUAUUAAUAAUGUUAUUAUAAUUUUCAUAUUUCACUAAUUAACAAUUUUAUGUACAAAUUUUAGCAUUCAAAAAAAAAAAAUUUCUUUUCCUAAAGAUUUCACUUAACUUGACGUUCAUUUCUUAAUCAGCUACAUAUAUCUACCAAAGUUAUAACUUAAAUCAUAUUUUAAAACAAAAACACACAAACAAAAUAUCUGAAAGCUAUUGCCAAAACACCACAACGAUAACAUGAUCACCGCAAUAUAAGUUGUCUUUUGUCAAACAAAAACCAUAAUAUACAGUCUUAUGAUAUAAAAAUACAGUGGCUAAGUGACCUGGCACAUACUAGACAGCAUAAAUAAAUGGAACUGGUUAAGGUAACAUCAAGUCUUUCUGUAAAAAAGCCAUGUUCACAGCUACCCAAAAGCUCAUGAAGUUUUAAUUUUUGAUUCAGAAUUCUUGAUAUUUCUAAUUAUUUCCACAUGUCCUUUCUACUUUGAUAAGUUGGGAAUAAGCCAGAGUUGGAAUUAAAUUCAUUGAAAAUAGUAAAUUACAAGCAACAGAAAUAAAAUAAAAUUCAAUAUAUUGUAAGACCUUUUCACAUUUGAAGUGCCAGAAAUGCAAGAUUUUAAAAGUUUACUCUGCUGUCAUAGUUAACAAUGCAUUUAUUGUACUCUCUUUAUUGCCUCUGUUAGCCUCGAGUACCGAUUUUAUGACAUCUAAA